CACGAAAAUGUAACUGGUUUAAUUUAUGCCGCCUAUGUUGGAAAUAAAGACGUUGUGAGGUGGUUUUUGUCUCAAAAUGCCAACCCUAAUGCAACUAGUAGUUUGGGUUGGAGACCUAUUCAUUUUGCUGCUAAACGCGGCCAUGUUGCGACAGUUGAUAUGCUAGUUCAGCAGGGAGCAGAAAUCGACGUCUACACAAAGCAAGAUGCAACCCCACUAAUGCUUGCUGAACAAUCUCGUAUGUGGGACACUGUUCGCAAAUUAAAACAGUUUGGCGCAACAGAUGAAGACAGAUCUGAUGCUUCACCAAUGCUGUCUACCAGGGAAAAUGGUCCCGCUAAAAGAAGGAAGAAAAAUUUUACCACAUCUGAAAGUAAAACGACUUGUGGACCGAUAUCUCAUUUCGAUAUUUCCCCCAAACACUCCUCUAAGCUCAUUAUCAAGUAUCUGCAGUAUCAGAACCAUCCAUAUGAUGUUGAUCUAUCACGAAAAAAGCUUGAAUUCACUUGCCAAAUGCUUAAUCUUCCGUUGCCUUUCACAAGUCGCCAUAACUCUCAAUUCUACAAGAACUUGAAAAAAUUAACCGCAGCUAAUUUAAAUCAUAAUAUUCGAAUAAACGCUGCUGUAGAACUUAUGGGGAUUCUUAAAUCUGCAGCCUCAAUGUCAAAGCGCUCAGGUGCUGCUAAUACGAAAUCUAAUAGCUGUCGAUCUCUGGAAUCGUGUCUGCGGACUUUAGAGUUUUCUGUUUGCGAAAAGCACUGCUCCAAUGAACUUAUUUCUCUUAUUGCUGAUAUUACUUCUGGUCUCAUAAUCUUGUUUGAUCAUAGCGAUGACACCAAUGCUGCUCUAAUUACGUAUGUUAGUCGAUUAAUUCAAUGGAUGUGCAGAAACAAUUCAUCUCAAUUCAGAUCGGGUAUUUUAGCCCUUAUCGCUUCCAUUUUAUCGAAGAAUCCUCCAACCACGCAUAUUUCCUCUAAGCUUGCCGUUCCUUUGAUCUCCAAUUUGAUUUCACUCACUGAUUCUCUUAAUCAGGUUGAAGCUGUCUCUCGUUUGGUUGACGUCGCUGUACUAAUUGGCGAUUACAAUCCAAGGGAGUUUGGCAAACGUUUCAACGAUUUGGUGGACAUUCUAAUUGGUUGGUGUGUGGAUUCUUCUGAUGCCCAUCACAGUAUAUCCCAGAGUUCAAUUCUUAAUCAAAUUUGUCUCAAUUUCUCAAAGUGGUGGUUUUGCGAAUCAUCGUCUGAGGUUCCUUCCUUUAAAGUUAGUCAAUCCACUUGUAGCAUGCUGAGUCAUCUGAUUGAAGAUGCUGAUAAUGCUUUCCGUGAAGCCCUCACAGAGCACUAUCAAUUGGCUUCCGUCAAGUUAGGUAGACAUAGUGGCCGCUCACUACCGCAAAAGGACACGACGCAACGUCUCGUUGCUGCUAAACUUUUCUUCUCCGUUCUGGCUGGAGUUUGUUCAAGUAUGCUUAAGUACGCUAAUGAGUCAACUCCACCAGGGCAUAUCGAUUUGAUCUUCCUUGAUCAGCCCGAAUGGCAUAAUCGUCUUCUUAGUAUUCUCCAAACACUCGAUAUGCUUCACUCUUUGAAUACUUUCAAACCACCUACUUCUUCGCGAUCACAUAUUCCAUUGGCCUAUUCUAUUCCACUUCUAAUUUAUGGAGAAAUAGUUCGAUGUAUACAUGAAAUUCUUCUCUUUACCAACUCAACUGUACCGCUCGAACAGGACUACAUCGGAUUACACAUUGAAUCCUACUUGAUUCUACCUCUAGGAAACUAUAUUGUCCAACCGUCAUCUCAACAUGCUAAAAUCCUCUGUGAAUUAGCUUUAAGCCAUUUGAAAAGGAUCGCAAAAUGCGGUCAUACUGAGGUUCUUCGAGCGAUUCGAAUUUUUUUUAAAUCUAAUACUUUUCUCCAACGCUUGAAAGUUUCAAAAUGUGGGUCUGCAGAGCUCGUAAAUUUGUUGCUUGGUCUGGUAAGGGAUUGCGAUCUACUGGAUCCAGUAAUUGAUAUGUGCUUGUCGGAUUUCAAAUCAGUCUGUUCUAAACUCUCAAGUGGAUCGUUUACUAAUUUUGACGAAUUGUGCUCACUCUUCACCAUAUCUCUUUUCAGUGCUCUUUGGAAGGCUUGUUUCGGUCAACCUAAAUCAGAGCCUAUUCUAAAGAAGGCUGUGAGCAGGUUAAGAAAUAUUUUAACUGAAAUACACAUGUCUGAAAAUAUUCCUCUACGUAUUCGUCUUGCCUUUUGGUCCCUGGUUUUACAAUUUCGUGAUUUGGAGUUGUCAACAGAAGUCGUUGCCAUAGCUGAAGAAUUGGCUAGAACAGCAACGAUAAAUUUGCAUGAAUUAAUUUUAUUAAAUCAUGCACUUAAGAUGGUGGAUAGCACACUAGAUACUAACAUUUCUCAAGCACUAAGUUCCUAUCUCCUUCGUCUAAUGCAAAAUCCUUGCUCACCUGUUCGAGCAAAUUGUGGUGCAGACUUCUGUGAGGCUGUUGGACACCUAAUUCGUCUUUGGAAGAACAGAAAACCAAAUGAGGCUAUUUUCAAGUUGAUUUAUAUGUGUCUAAGCCAUCCAUUUCCUAGAAUACAAUCUAGAGGAGCAGAUUUGCUUUUAAUUUUCGGUCGAUCUUUACGAUAUUUAAGAUCACCUCUUACGAAAAAUGCUCUGUUUCAUUGGUAUUCAGACACCGAUGUUUGCCAAUCAACCGCCCUUGUUACCAAUGCAUUUAUGGGGCAGCUAGAUUUAGAGUCUUCAGAAGAAGUAGUGUCGGUGUGCGGUGCAUUUCCAAGCGUCUCAGGAACUUCGGGUGUGUUUAACAUUAUAACCCGAGGUGUCCCUCCAUCAGAUAACGAUUUGACUCGAUUCAACGUUCUGGAACAUUCGAAUGACUAUCUUCGAAGACUUGCUUGUCUUAUCUCGCCAAUUCCAACUUAUUCUUGUAAAGCAAAUUGGUUUGCCGAGGAUAUCCCGUCUUUAUCGAUUAUUUCACAUUUUACCUCUGCAGCUAUUAUGGACAACAAGUUGAAUGUGGCUCCUUGGACUGAUCCGAUCAGCACUUUCCUUUCUAUUGAGGGCAUUGUCCAUGCAGUGCUUGCAAAUCUAACUGAACGAAUAAGAGAUUAUCCAUAUGCGAAAGACCUGAAGGCUUUUUUUGAUAUUCCUGUUGAUCUACUAAGCUACCAAACUCCUUCAUGGCUGUUGAACCAUGGAGGAAAGCUUCUGACAUUUAUGCGGUCAAUAGAGAAGUCCAUGAUGAAUGGAGUUGAUGGCUAUGCAGCAGCAAUGUUGCCAUCACCAAUUAGAACUCAUAUCUUUCUCAGAGCUAAUGCAGUAACCUGUCGAAAGUGGUUUAAUAGAAUUAGGAUCCCAUUGGCUUCUCUUGCCUCCUGGAUAUCAGGGGUUUCUCUUCAAGGUGUUGAAUGCCCGGCCACUGUAGUUUGGAAUAUCUACUCGAUACUCUAUCAGACAGUUAGUACGAACCCCCAGGAUUUUUUUAAUGCGCACAAAUUUGUGGAUAAUCCGGAGAAGAUCAUGCUCCUGUUGAUUCAAGCCCUCCAUCAGCUGAAGGCGGUGGAUGAACUAGAACUUGUUCAUUACUUCUUGGAGGGUUUGCCCUUGAGUGCACCUACUUCAGAUCUGCACAUUUUCAGUUGGAUUCGCGGAUUGGUGCAAAUUCUUAGAGGCAAUCUCGAUGAAGGGAUUGCCUUUCUAUUUCACUUCUUCGAGGUAUUUUCAACACCGCUACCGAAUUCAUUUGGAGCUUUGUCCUAUCACUUUGCUUGCCGCACCUUCACCAAUCUCCUUUUGCGUAUUGGGGGUUGCACGGAAACUCAAUCGGAUACAAAAAAGGCUGAUGUUGUUGAUGAUCAAGGUGAUGCCCCGCCAGUUAUUUCGAGACGCAGGACACUUUUCAAGAAAGAUGUGGAGGUUUCAGAGCAAUUUCUAUUUCGUCAACCGGAUGUGGCGAGACGUAGAAUUAAGGCACUUGAAAAGCUCUCAAGUUGGGAUAAUUCAAUGCCUGAAAUAUCCAAGCCUGCGGAGGCCCUUGCAUCCUUCAUAACAGAUCAGGAGGACAGGCUACUCACACGCGCCUCAAACUUCCUCUCUGAAGUGACACUAGUCACUCGUAGUCAUGCCGCUGCGGUCAUUCCACUAAUCGAUCUUGGCAACUGUUCUCUAGAGUCUUCAAUCUCUUCUCUACACUUAGAUGCCGAGUCUACUCUUCAAACCCUUGCUGCAGAGGCUGAUCUACUUGUGGCAAAGUCUUUAACCCCUUGUCCGCCAAUUAUUGAUCUUGAUCUUGGCACCUGGAGUCUUUUGACCAAAAAGGACAUCAGCCCGUCUGUCUUUCUUGAUGCCUGUGAGCCCCUUUUACUCCCACCUAAUGGUGGUAUCAACCGCCUACCAGUUGACAAUGCAAGAGGUGUGGCUUCAAGGCUUCUUAAACACCGGUUCAGAGCUAUGGGUAUUAAAGAUGAUCUAUACGACUUUGCCAAUCUAAUAACCUCAAUCAAGUCGCGUGAAGAUUUGGGACCGGAUGAUAAACUCCGCUUCAUUCGAUAUGUAGCCAAUCUCCUAUGGACAGCUAGUGAUACGCGCACCAAUCGUAUUGCUGCUAUGAAGUGUCUUUCAGAGGGAUUAUUGUAUAGCAUCACAUCAGAGUCUAUUAUUAAAAAGGAAGAAGAGGAACUUUGUCAACUGAAUGUCUCUGUUGCUCUUCAGCUGUUCGAGUGUUUGGGCUACCCGUCUUCAAUUCAAACUUCUUCCACGGAAAUCAGAAACCUUUGUCAUGAAGUUGUGGAUUUAAUAACGAAUGAACAGGCAAGUAUUGCUACUUAUUAUUCAAGGUAA